CCUACAAAAUAUAAAAUAUUUACUUAGUUUGUCUUUGGAAAAUUGUCUAUGGUCUCCGAUCGCGGCACUGGGAGGAAGCAAUAACGAUCCUGGCGUCUCAAGGAUAAACGUUUUGGUUGAUUUGCUACAGUACAUUAGUACUGUAACGACUUGGCGCGAAUAAGGACUGCUGGAGGAGACGAAAAUGAUGCAUCAGCAAUCCAUGAUGGUUGGAGAUAUGAUUCCCGUACACUCUGAACUACCCGGGCAUAACAAUGAAAACAUGAACAAUGUGGCUUACGAGAACAGCAGUUCUCCGGCGUAUGACGACCUUUUUCCGGCUUUGCCUCACUCGCAACCCCCGGUCCAACGUAGUAUUCAGCAGGUUACUAACAAACUUCGUGUUGGAUCUAGCCUCCAUACCCAGGUAUUCCAUGUACCCUAUGAAGAGAGGAAACUGGAUAAUGCCAAUACUUUUGGUGAAGGCGAGUCAUUAAGGACAUGCCAGUCUAUCACCAAAGAUACUGGGGCUCAUAUUGAGAUAUCUACCAGCAAGGAUGGAAGUCUCACUUUUCUCAUUACGGGAAAACAUAGUGCAGUGCUUGAUGCAAGGCGUCUCAUUUUGACGCACUUUCAACAACAGGCAAGCAAGCAAAUUAACAUUCCAAAAGAACAUUACCGCUGGAUUUUGGGCAAGCAAGGACAAAAGCUGAAGGAGUUGGAGAAAUUGACAGCAACCAAGAUUAAUGUACCCAGUAUUGCAGACAACAGUGAAAUCAUUACUAUUACUGGUACUAAGGAAGGUAUUGAGAAGGCAGAACAUGAGAUUCGAGUGUGCUCUGAGGAACAGUCACGUAAGGCAUUGGAGCGCAUCACUGUGCCCAAGAUCUACCAUCCCUUCAUCCAAGGGCCAUUUGGUGAGCGAUCAGCGGCACUCAGUGCCGAGACCGGUGCUCGCAUUCACAUUCCGCCUGCCUCUACUCAAAGCGAUGAGAUUGUUGUUGCUGGAGAGAAGACUGGUGUACUUGCUGCUAAAGCUCAGAUUGAACAGAUUUAUGAGGAAAUGAAGAAGAAAUGUUCGACUGUUCGCGUAGAAGUGCCCAAGUCCCAGCAUAAAUAUGUCAUUGGUGCUCGUGGAACGACAAUUCAAGAAAUCUUGAAGGAGACUGGUGUGUCCGUUGAAAUGCCACCUCCAGAUUCUCCCACAGGAACAAUUACACUUCACGGCCCUCACAAUAAGAUUGGAUUGGCUCUAUCUAAAGUAUGCGAAAAGGCGAAUUCCGUUAAAACAGCAACAGUUGAUGCACCAACAUGGAUACAUAAGUACAUUAUUGGGAAAAAUGGAUCGAACAUUAAGAAAAUCACUCAGGACUUCUCUAAGGUACAUGUUGACAUCACUCACUCGGAAGACAAGGUUAAAAUUGAUGGUCCCCCGGAAGAAGUUGAAAGAGCUCAAGUAGAAUUAGAUGUGUUUGUCAAGAAUUUACUAGCAACACUUACUUAUGUUGAACUCACUGUUGACCCUAAGUUCUUCAAACACAUCAUCGGAAAAAGCGGAGCGAACAUUAACAGACUGAAAGAUGAGACUGGUGUAGUUAUUAAUAUUAUUGAAAACGAAGGUACCAAUGUGAUUCGCAUUGAAGGCAGUCACCAUGGGGUGGCCGAAGCCGAGAGGGAGUUGAGAGAUAUGGUUAAUAAGCUAGAAAAUGAAAGGACCAAGGAAGUUUAUGUCGACCAUAGGUAUAUCAAAUCACUGAUUGGCGUGAGAGGCGAUAAGAUCAAGGAAAUUCGUGAGAAAUUUGAACGAGUCCUAAUAUCGCUGCCAGACCAGGGACAAAAGAGGAGUCCCAUCAAACUUAGAGGACCUCAGGAAGACAUUGAAAAGUGUGAGAAAUACUUGCAUAAGCUCAUGAAAGAGAUUGCCGAAUCGUCUUACGUACAAGAAGUGCCGAUAUUCAAACAGUUCCACAAAUUUAUCAUCGGAAAGGGUGGGGCUAAUCUUAGAAAAAUCCGGGAUGAAACUCAAACUGCUAUCGACUUGCCGGCGGAAGGUGAUGACAGCGAUGUUAUAACGGUGCGAGGAAAGAGGGAAAAUGUCGAGGAAGCCGUAAAAAGGAUUCAGCAGAUCCAUAAUGAGAAAGCAAAUAUUGUGACAGAAGAAGUGACCAUUCCACCCAAGUACUAUAACUCGCUUAUCGGUGCAGGAGGAAAACUAAUUCAUUCAAUUAUGGAAGAAUGUGGCGGUGUUCUCAUCAAGUUCCCACCAGCUGAGAGUGAUAGUGAUAAGGUUAUAAUCAAAGGCCCAGUCGAAGACGUGGAGAAAGCGAAGCAACAAUUACUUGCGCACGCGUCGGAACGCGAGCUGACGUCACACACGGCCACCGUACGGGCUAAGUCCGAGCAUCACAAGUUCCUAAUUGGCAAGAGCGGGGCAAAUAUUAAGAAAAUCCGCGAACUAACCGGCGCUCGCAUCAUAUUCCCCACAGAAAAGGAUGAGGAUAAAGAGGCCAUUUUCAUUAUUGGUCGCGAAGAUCAAGUGGAGGCUGCCCGAAAACAGCUAGAAACCGCAGUAGCGGAGAUCAGCAAUGUGUCAGAGGGAGAAAUGUCAGUGGACCCUCGUCAUCACAGGCACUUUGUGGCAAGGCGUGGUGAGGUCCUCAGGCGUAUUGCUGAUGAGUGCGGUGGCGUACAAAUUUCAUUCCCGCGACAGGGCGUGGCAAGUGACCGCGUAGUUCUUAAGGGGCCUAAGGAAUGCAUUGAAGCUGCUAAAAUACGGAUCAACGAAAUCAUCGAAGAUUUAGAAGCUAAGAUAACAAUCGAGUGCGUCAUUCCACAAAAGCAUCACAGAACAGUGAUGGGUGCUCGCGGUGCUAAAGUCAAAGACAUCACUGCGGAGUUCGAUGUUCAGAUAAAGUUCCCUGAGAGAGAUACGACAGAAGGAGCAGACAUUCCAGUGCGAGGUGAAGAGGGAUCGGAACCAGGACCAAAUGAUACCAUCAGGAUAACCGGACGGCCCAAGAAUUGUGAGGAUGCUAAAAAAGCCCUUCUCGACCAGGUUCCUAUAACCAUUGACGUCGAAGUGCCAAAUGACCUGCAUAGAUUACUUGCUGGUCAAAAACGAAGAGACUUGAUGCAGACAUAUGAUGUCCACAUCCUCAUGCCGCCUAAUGAUGAGAUCACCGAUAUCGUUAAGGUGACUGGAACACCAACAAAUGUUGAAAAAGCCAAACAAGCUCUCACGGAGAAGAUAACCGAUAUGGAGAAAGAAAAGGAAGAUAGACUGCUCAGAUCAUUUGAGCUGAAAUUCCAAGUAGACCCCGAAUACCAUCCCCUAGUGAUAGGAAAGGGUGGUUCAGUGAUAACAAAGAUUCGCACUGACUAUGGAGUACAAAUUAACUUGCCCAAGCGUGGAGAGCCAGAUGACAACAUUAUUACCAUUCAAGGGUAUGAAGAUAAGGCACACCAAGCCAAGGAAGCCAUCAUGGCUAUUGUGCAUCAACUUGAUAACCAAUACAGGGAGGAAGUUGACAUCGAUCCACGAGUCCACAGACGCCUUAUAGGUCUUCGAGGCAAGAACAUUCGUCGCAUCAUGGAUGACUUCAAGGUUGACAUCCGCUUCCCGAAGCAGGGCGACGAUAGCAUCGUCGUCAUAACUGGGGAUGAAGACAAUGUCCUUGAUGCUAAGGAUCAUCUCCUCAACCUUGCAGAGGAAUAUCUGCAAGACGUCGCAGACCGAUACCAGAGACCAGCUGCUCCGUCUUUAGCUGACUUCGGUGAAGUGCUCGAGAACGCAACUACUGCAAACGCGAAUGCCAACAACCCUCCCUCUACUGGUUUCGUAGUCAAGGGUGGGCCUUGGGAACAACGCGCGCCUGAUACGGCAUCUACACACGAAUUCCCGACAAUGCCCGGUGGCCCCAGGGCCGCUGCCACUCCUUCGAGUGCCCCACCCGCCUGGGGACCACGGCGCUAAGUAUAUUUAUUGCCAUCCACACAUUACGCCCAACUGACCUUUACUUUAAAGUUUGACUAUUCAAUACAUUUUGAUGUCUCAAGUUAGAAUCUUGAGGUCUGUCUUUAUUUGUAGAGAAAAAUAGGACAGGUGUUGAGAUUAGAUUUGAGUUCCAGAAUGUUUACAUAAUCAUCUACGUGGAGUAACUGGAUAGACUAGACCUGGUGACGUGCCCUCGUCUUUCAUCCUACAAGUUCACUUCUCUGAAGAGUUAAAUUAAAAGACAAGUACCUCGAUUGUGACUUCUGGUUUUUAAGCGAUGCAAUUUAUUUUUCAAAUAUCAGCAUAUGAACUGUAAUGAAAAUUUGGAUCAUAAAAAAUGGGUUAUUGUUUUGGAUGGCACUAUCUAUAUCACUUGACCGUUUAAUAUUCUAUCAGAUUACUGCAAUUAUCUCAAGUCUCAACUAUGCUUAAUUUACAGUAUAAAUUUAAAAUCAUGAUGAGAAUAAAGAAACUUACGAUUUUUGUAUUACUGUACUACAACUGACAAGUAAGACUGCUUGAAAUUAUUUCUGCUGCAUAAGACCUGUGAGGUGUUGACACAGGGUACUUUAAAAUAACAUCUAAGCAGAAUUUAGGGACUAAACGUACGAAAAAGAUACGUUUUAAACGUAAUCGUUAUAUUUUUACUUUCUAUUUAAAAGUUCUUUAGUUUUUUGUUUUAUUAAUUUUCUUCGAUGUUGCAGUAAUCUGUUUGGCACGAUGUUUAUCUUUCCAAUACGUUUCAGAGCCAAAUCACGCCAUAUCGGUUUUUUUUUUAAGUUUAAAUAUGCCAUUAUUUGAGACAUUUAUCAUAUGUUUGCUUCAUAUUUAAAGCAUAAUAAUUUUUAUUUUAAUAUAUAAUGAAGUUAUAUUAUGAUGAAUAAUAAUAAUUAGUGCAACAUUCAUUAAAACACCAUAUCAAUGUGGUUAAAUGUAAAUUUAUGUGAGACUUAAAUGCUGCAAAAUAGAGUAGUUGGUUAUAUGUAACCACAUAAUGUGGAUAUACAAUAUAAUAAACAAUAUUUGUCAUGUACUUAUUGGGCGAAAAUGUAAUGGAAAAAUAUUAUAAUUACUAUUAUUGAUAUAAUAUUUUUUUAUGUUUUUAGAGUGAUACCUACAACAAUGGAUUGAAUAAAUCAUAAGACAAGAAUUAAUAUUUUUACAAGUAAUUUGUACAUAGUUGAUAAU